GUCAAAACCAAAUUUUCUCUACAGGACGUUUUAGUCCUUAUAACUAAAAGUUUUUCACUAUGUAAAUCAUGAAUCUGACUACAAUUAUAAUAGGAACAGCUAUUUAAUCACAAUAGUAAAAUGACUUCGGAACGGGUGGAAUGGGUUGAAAUAAUUGAACCCAGGACCAAAGAACAUAUGUAUGCAAAUUUAACAACUGGUGAAUGUGUUUGGGAUGCGCCUGUAGGAGUGCCUGUUAAAAAGACAGAUAACAAUCAGUGGUGGGAACUAUUUGACCCCAUUACCAAUCGUUUUUACUACUAUAAUACAGCUUCACAAAAAACGGUUUGGCAUCGGCCACUUAAUUCAGACAUUAUACCAUUGGCUAAAUUACAAACAUUAAAACAAAAUACUGAACCAGCUGUAAAUGAUGAAAAUGAUCGUAAACAGUCAAAAGAAUCAGUGUCAACUCAAACACCAGGGCGUAGUAGAGUAGUGUUUCCUCUUUCGUUAAGUAAUCAAACUUUGGGUAAUGUUGAAAAUGUUCGUACUUUCAAACUAAUGGACCCUAUUGCAUCAACAAAGCAUUCUGUAGAUUCUGAAACUCAAACUUCUCCGCUUACACCUCGUAGAUCUCAUCACCAUCACCAUCAUCAUCAUCAUCAGAAACAUCAACAACAAAUUAAUACACCUAGUCGAGGACGACGUGGAAAUCAACCUAAUGUUUGGUAUAAUCGUACUGCUUAUUCACAGGAUUCUGGUCGUUCAAGUGAUUCAAGUUGUGUCUCUAUACAGUCAUCUAGUUGCAAAGAUGCCUCUGUUGGUUUAUCAAUGUCUGCCAGCACACCAUUAUUUAGAAAAAAACUUUCACAGCCACCUACUCCUCAAAAUAAUCUUCCUAUCCAACGAAGUUCUUCCAAUGCUUCUCAAUACCAAUUGUUAUUAGGCAAACAAAAAAGCUUUGAUACCGAUAUAAGUAUUGGUGGUGGUUACAGUCUUGGUCACGAUAAUCGUAAUAACAGCUGUACUCGUCCUCGUCCACCUGUUGUACUGUCUUCCAGUUUAUCUAAUAGCCAGAUUUGUAGGAGCCAAAGUUUUGCACAGAAGUCAAUUAUUACAAAAAAAUCAAUAGAAGCUGAUGAAGAAGAUUCAAUGCAUGAAAAAUAUUUAGCACCAAGUGGAUUAUUAGGAAUGCCACCACGUCAUGGGAAAAAAUCUGUAGAAUCCACACCUUUGAGUUCACGGAAAUGGCAUUCUCAUUCUGACACUGGAUCUCCAACAACAUCUAAAUCACGAGCUCCCUUAACUCCAGAAUAUGCAAACUUUGCAGCGCCUCCUCCCCCAGCAAUUGCUCCUAGUCAAUCGAGUUCAAAGUCAUCUUUAACUCAAUCAAUAAAAACAAAAGAUCUUAAAGAUGCUGGACUUUCCAGUAGUGAUGAUGAUGAUUUUGAAGGAAAUGGUAACUCUAGUUCAAGCGUAUCAAGUAGUCCUCCAACAGCUAGUAAAAUUGAUCAUAGACUUAGAUCUGGCAACAAAACAGUAGACAACCAUUCAAAAGUGAGACCUAUAUCAAAUCAUUCAAGUUCAUCUAGUCAGCGUGGUGGAGCUGUUCGAAAAAGUGUUAGUCCAGCUACUUCUGAUCAAAAACAAGUCCCAUUAUACAGUAAUUUAGAUAUGUUUGAAGGAAGAAUUUUACCACUUCAUCAAUAUAUUUUAGAGCAAGCAAAAUUAUCAGGAUCAUCGUAUAGAUUUGGAGAUGUAGCUGGUCCUUUUUCUGAAGACGAUGCUGAAAUUGAAGAUUUAAUAAGUGUUAUGGGCACAGCUACUGGAUAUGAUAGUGAUGAGUUUGCUGAUGAUGAAGGUGCAAUUAGUCAGGGUGAACAAUCAAGCUCUCCAUCACCAUCAAAUACAUCUUCAAGACAUUAUUUAAGAGAUGAAUUAGAUUAUGAUCACUUGACUGCUAUGAGAACAUCUCAACCUCGAAGUUAUAAUAGUGAUGCUCGUGCAAAUGAUUAUAUGGUUGAAUCCAGUAGUAAUCAACAUUAUUACAAUACAGUUACAAAUACUUUGGCAUCUCAGAGAUCAGCCAAUCUAGUCACACCAUCAAUAUCUGAUCCAUUUAGCAAUUCUGCUCCUACUCUUCCUUUAGAAACUCAACAUACAUCACUUAGAAGACGUAAAGAUCAACAUGUUCAACCUACAGCUGCUUUGUAUUCUCCAAUUAUGGAAAGAAAUGAGUUUUUGCUGGCUCGUUAUGCCAACUCCAAUCAUGCUGUAUUCCACCCAUCAUUAUCUCAAGAUACUCGAUCCUGUUCACCUGCCUAUUACUACGAACAGAGUUCCAGAACUUUGUUGAAUCGUGAUAAAAAAACAACAUCUGAAAGUGAUAUUGAAAAGUAUGCCCAGGAUAAUUUAAAUAUACAUAAAAAGGGUAUAUUCCGGAAAAAAUUUUCUGUUAGGGAUAUGCUUUCAUGGUCCAAGGAUCCAAUUCGUAAACCUAUGUUGGUGCUGUCUGACAAAGCUUUAAAAAAAGAAGCUUGUGAUUUAUUUAAAUUGGUUCAAACUUAUAUGAGUGAUCGCAAAGCAAAAUUAGGCAUGACUUUAAACAGUGUAGCUUUAGAAAUAUGUAUGACUGGUUUUAUGAAACCUACUCUUAGAGAUGAAUUAUACAUACAAAUAUGUAGACAAACAACAGAAAAUCCUAGAAAAGAAAGUUUACGUCGCGGGUGGGAACUUUUGGCUAUUUGCUUAUCAUUUUUUCCACCUUCUCCUAAAUUGCAAAAAUACUUGGAAAGUUACAUGGAAAGACAUAGAGAUCCUGGCUUAGAUAGUUACGCAACUGAAGUUGGACGAUGGCCUGUUCAUGUACAAGUAAGCCAUUAUGCCAGUGUAGCCACUAAAAGGUUACAUCGAAUGGGAGUUGAUGGAAAAAAAGCAGUACGUAGACCCACACUAGAAGAUAUUGAACAAGCCAGAAUGCAAAUAUUUAGACCUAGUCUUUUUGGAAAUACAAUCAAUGAAGUUAUUGAUCUUCAAAAGGAACGUUUUCCUCACUACAAAUUACCUUGGGUACAAACUACUUUGUCUGAAUUAGUGUUAAGACAUCGUGGUGAUCAAACUGAGGGAAUAUUUAGAGUACCGGCUGAUAUGGAUGAAGUUAUGGCUCUUAAAAGUCGUUUAGAUGUGUGGGAAGUUCCUAGUUCUGAGGAGUUAACCGAUGCUCAUACUCCUGCAUCUUUAUUAAAACUAUGGUAUCGUGAAUUAUAUGAACCACUUGUACCUGAUCAUAUGUAUGCUGAAUGUAUUUCUGCACAUCAAGAUGCUCGCCGUGCUAUUGCUAUUGUUCAUCGAUUACCACCGAUAAACAAAGCUGUUUUGGCAUAUCUUAUUCACUUCCUACAACUUUUUACCAAACCAGAAGUUGUUCAUGUUACCAAAAUGGAUGCUAGUAAUUUAGCCAUGGUUAUGGCUCCUAAUUGUUUACGUUGUACAUCAAUCGAUCCUCGCGUAAUAUUUGACAACGCUCGUAAAGAGAUGGCAUUCAUGCGUUUGUUGAUUUUACAUUUUGACGCGUCCUUUAUGGAAGGCGUGUUUUAAACAGAUCUGUUUUGUUUAUUAACUAACUCUUGAAACUAUUGUAGUUUCAAAACUACACAAACCAAAGGUUACUAUUAUGACAGCUUAAUUGCACAUUAAAAUUUAAUUAUUUUUAAGCUUAUAUUAUUUAUUAACAUUAAUAAAUACAUUUUUAUGACUUCAAAUGACAUUAAUUUGGUAGUCUAGAUAAGUAAUAUGAUAUAAAUUAUGUUCAAAAUUUUACUUAAAUAAAUCCUAAUUACUUAAAUGAUAUUCCCUCCCACUGCCUGUAUGUUGUUUUAUUAUUAUAUAUAUAUUUUUUUUUAUAGCUUAUUUAUACUAUACCAUGUUUUUUUUAACUUUUAUUUUGCUAUAACCAUUAUAGUAAUAAACAGUAUUAGACUAUUUAAAAGUUUACUACUAAAAUGUUUAAAAUAGUCAACUGGUUUAGAAAAAUAAAUUGUAUACAAAUAAAUACAUUAUAACUAUACAUAGUAAUGUUUUAAAUUUUUUAAAUAUCCAAUAACAGAAUUUUUUAUUGUUAAGUUUCAUAAAGCUUAAUAACUAAUAGAAAUUGUUUUUCUAUGCUAUUGUAUAAGAUUAGAAUUCAUGUUAUUUUACUUUACAAAAAUACUUUACCUGGGAUAAGGUAAACAAGGGAUCUUUUAUUAUUAUUUGUUAGUCUCAAUGCAUUUAUUUUAAGUUCAGUUGUACCGAACAGCAGAACAAUGUUGUCAUUUUAAUUUUUAUACACUUUAUUCUUUCUUAAUUUCUUUGUGGUGUUAUUGUAUGAAUAAUAAAAGUUGGAAUUGUUUAUA